CCGUUUGAAUAGGAGUUGGCUGCUAUCACGGGCAACCUGAGUGAAAUGCCACACUAUGACACAGUGGAAUGUGCUGAUGACAACAUACUCAUGUGGAAUGUCACGCUCCUACCUCAAGUGGCACCUUUCAACAGGGGUGCUUUCAAAUACACAAUCACUUUCCCGCCUAAUUAUCCAUUUAAGGCACCUUCGGUCAAAUUUCUUACAAAGAUCUAUCACCCCAACAUUGAUGAGAAGGGGGCUGUCUGUUUAGGUCUACUUAAGACUGACAAUUGGAAGCCUGCCACCAACGUUACACAAGUGCUUGCCGCCAUCGCUAAUCUGAUAGACGAACCGAAUCCAUCCGAUCCGAUAAAUAAUGAGGCUGCUAAGCUGUAUGUGGAGGACAUCGCAGCCUUCAACAAGCGCGCGGCUGAAUGGGUGAAAACACACGCCAUUAAACGAUAAACUUCAACUGUAAUCCAAAAAUUGAAGCUUGACGACAGAGGACAUCGUCGAGUUGAUAAAAUUUUAUAUUCGUCAAGUAGGCAGAAAGUUUGAAUGCGUAAUCAUGAUUGUGCUUUGUUGAUGACGAGCAUAGUAAAUUGUCAAUUGCUGAUCAAUUUUGAUAAAUCCCACCGGAUCAAUAUUGCUAAAAACCUAUAGUUUCCCG